UUUGGAUCGUUCUUGGGAGUUCUUGGACUGAGCUUGGAGGAAAACCGCAAACAGCUGUUAGUUGCAUCCAUCGUGUUCCUGAGUUUUGGUAUCAUAUCCAGCUUCCUGUGUCUUCUGAUCGAUGGUGUUUUCAUCCUGCUCAACAUUGAUAUGCGUCCCAUGAAGGCAGGAAGAUGUCAGUUCUACACCAGUGGAAACAGUUACAUCUAUGAAAACUACUAUGCUACAGUUCCCUGUCAAGGACUGACAGAGUCCUGUAAUAUGAAAGUUCGCAGUGGAACGUGUUACUGUUGCGAUUUGUAUGAUUGUGCCAAUGGAGGGUAUCUGAAUAAUUACUAUGAGUUUGUGGGUGUGCAGAGCUGUCAGGAGGUGCUCUCUUUGUAUGUUCUUCUCUGGGUUUUAACUGCUCUCAACCUGCUAGCCUUCGUGCUUGGGAUCAUGACGACUGCUGUACUGGGCAGCAUCAAAGACAUGAGGACAGGAGUGAUUGGUCUCAAUGUGUCCCAAUGGGGAGGUUCAUCUCUGUUCUCCUUUGAUGGAGCUCACUGUUCAUCCCCCACUGCACCCCUGCUAACAGACCCAAACUCACAAGCAGGACACCAGCUCUAUCCGAGAGCGUCUCUUUACACAUCUCCACCAGCAGGAUCCAGUGUUUCUCCAGGAGGGUCUUCAGAUUCAGCCCCUGUGCAGCUCAACCCCCCGCCCUUCGCCCCUCUCUAUAACCUUCUUCCCUACAAGAGCUCCGGCUUCUCAGCUUAAGAGCGUCUGGAUUCACACCAAAGACAUUUAUGCUGCACUCCCCUUAAACACGACAUCAGAUAAUACAGACAGUUUGCUCUCUGAAUAAAUCUCCCCGGUCUUAUUAUUAGCAAGAUUCAGCAGCGCACAACACUCUCAAGAAAAAGCAGCUUGUUUCGGUAAUCUUUUUGCACCUCUUUUCUACUGCAAGCCUGUGUGGACGGGACAAAUAAUGUUGAAUAAGUAUAUUUUCCUAAGUUUUAUCAUUUUGUUAAACUCUGGUGGAUAAAUGAAGGCCCACUCUGCUUUAUUUUGUAUAGAUAUCAGUUGAAGAGCUUAGAUACGAAACCCCAUAUGUGCCGUCUAAAUUUUCCAUCAAAAAAUAAGCUCCUACAUUUAGGUUGAGUUAUUUCAUUUUAAAGACAAAAAAAAAGAACGUACCCGUGGUUUUCCUCCAGAUGCUCCAGUUUCCCCCACAGUCCAAAGACAUGCCCUAUAGGUGAAUUGAAUAAGCUAAAUUGGUAUAAAUUGGCCGUACUGUAUGUGUAUGAAUGAGUGUUUCCCAGUAAUGAGUUGCAGCUGGAAGGGCAUACGCUGCUUAAAAUCAAUAAGUUGGUGGUUCAUUCUGCUGUGGCGACUCCUGAAGAAUAAAGGGACUAAGCUGAAAGAAAAUUAAUAAAUGAAAAGAAAGUAUUCUUUGCCAUAAAAUUGAAAUGACUGAACCUACAGACAGGAGCCUGAUAAAAAUGCUCAUGUUUGAAGAACAUUUUAGACGGCAUUUAGAGAUUGCAUCUGAACUUUUCAUUUAGAAAUGUGUCAAAUUCAAUGUCAUUGUCUUUAGAUUGACAUUAAAGGGAUAGUUCGACUUCGGGCUGCACAAUAUAUCAUUUCAGCAUCGAUAGACACAGCGCAGGAUAUGCAAUGUUGAGUUUGUAUUAUGAAUGAUCAUUUGCAUGUGUUUUUGAUCAUAUAAUGAUUUUAAAAACA